AUGCUCUUCUCCUUUGUUAUCUCUCACUCGGCUGCGCUCCCUCUGCUACGCCCCAUCUCCAUCUCUCUCCGCACCAAACGAUCCUUCUCCUAUUCAAUUCGUACCAGUAUGAAGCAUCAUCUUAUGGUCGGCACCUGGACCCCUCCAGGUCGCAUCUAUACUGUCGCAUUUGACGAUGAGGCCCUCACUUUGGAACUAGUUAAGAAAACUGACAUUCCCGAGGCGGAGCCAAUCUCCUGGAUGACCUUCUCGCAUGACAAAAAAGCUAUCUAUGGCGCUGCUAUGAAGAAGUGGAACAGUUUUGCCGUCAACAGCCCCACAGAUAUUGUUCACCAGGCCUCCCAUCCCGUUGCCGGCCAUGCUCUUGCACCUAGCAGCGAAACCAAUACCCGCGCCAUCUUCGUCCUUGCCGCCCAUAAACCGCCAUACAAUGUAUAUGGCAAUCCCUUCUAUAAAUAUGCUGGUUACGGGAACGUCUUCUCUGUGGAAACCGACGGCCGGUUGGCCAAGAAUAUUCAGAACUACGAGUACGAGCCCAACACUGGGAUCCACGGAAUGGUGUUUGACCCUACCGAGACUUACCUCUAUUCGGCCGACCUACAGGCGAACAAGAUUUGGACACAUGUUAAGGAUGCUACAACGGGUGAGUUGACUCUGGUGGAUUGUAUUGAAGCCCCUUCACCAGGUGACCACCCCCGUUGGGUUGAGAUACAUCCUAGUGGAAAGUAUCUCUAUGUACUGAUGGAGGCGGGCAAUCGACUGGCUGUCUAUGUGAUCGAUGAGAAACGCCAUGUACCGGUGUUUACUCACAUUACAUACCCACUCCUCCCCGUCGGUAUGUUCACUUCCUGCAACCUUAGUAAAUUUUGUUCUAAUGGACCAGGCCUUCCCCCACGCAAUAAGUACCGUGGCGAUGUCACGUUCACCACCCGUAGUGGUGAGUAUCUCUUUGCCACUACGCGCGGCAAUUCGUUCGACAUCACGGGAUACAUCACGGCAUUCAAACUUGGCCCUCAUGGCAACGUUGAGCGACAGCUCUUCAUUCACCCUACCUCAACGAGUGGCGGUCAUUCCAAUGCAGUUAGCCCAAGUGAUUUUAGUGAUGAGUGGCUGGCCCUGUGUGACGAUCAGCUGGGAUUCGUCGAGAUCUAUCGCUUCCGUGACGAGACGCUGGCCCGAGUGGCCAGGGUGGAUAUUCCUGAAAAGGGAUUUGGUAUGAACGCUAUCUGGUAUGACUAA